AUGGCUUCUGAGAGCUCCGACAUGGCCACACAAACUCGCACGGGUCUCAUCACACCCGUCAGCGGCAUCCAGACCCCUCAGACCCCUUCCGAGCCACCUGCGAUGAUGGACUCGUACACCUUCCCUAUCCAUAAGCUCAAGCGUCGUCAGUCCCAGCCCGGCAAGACUCCUCUCGUACUCGUUGCUUGUGGCUCUUUUUCUCCCAUCACCUUCCUGCACCUGCGCAUGUUUGAGAUGGCGUCAGACUUUGUUCGCUUCAACACCGAUUUUGAGGUCUGUGCUGGCUACCUCUCCCCUGUCAGCGACGCCUACAAAAAGGCGGGUCUGGCGCCUGGACAUCACCGCGUCAACAUGUGCAGCCGUGCUGUUGAGCCAUCGCCCUGGCUGAUGGUUGAUCCCUAUGAGACGCUCAAUCGUAACGAGCGUGGCGAGCCCGAGUACGUGCCUACUGCCAAGGUGUUGCGCCAUUUUGACCACGAGAUCAACACCGUCCUAGGCGGUAUCGAGGGUACCGAUGGUGUGAGGAGGAAGGCCCGCAUUGCGCUGCUCGCGGGCGCGGAUCUUAUUAUGUCAAUGAGCGAACCCGGCCUGUGGUCCCCGACCGAUCUAGAUGUGAUCCUCAGCCAGUAUGGAGCCUUCAUCAUCGAGCGCUCGGGUACCGACAUCGAAGAGGCGCUCGCGUCGCUGCGUCAGUAUGAGAACAAUAUCUGGGUCAUAAGCCAGGUCAUCCAGAACGACAUUAGCUCGACCAAAGUGCGCCUAUUCCUGCGGAAGGACCUCAGCGUACGCUACCUUAUUCCCGACCCCGUCGUCGACUACAUCGAGGAGCACGGCCUCUACCAGGAACCUAAGGCGUCCUCUGCCAAGGCCUCUCCUUCAAGGGAGUUGGAGAAGGAGUUCAAGGGCAAGGGGAAGGCCUCGCUUCCACCGGAUGAUGCUGCCCCUAGCCCGGAGGAGAACAAGCCUACUGUUGGUUAA